AUCCUCGCUCGCAGCAGUGAAUUGAUGCGGCUGUGCUGCGUGAAAGCCCAGCAGUUGCUUUGACGAGUCAUCGCUGGAGAAGAUCCCAGAGCAGACGGAUCCGCUGUCUGAUGGCUUGAAAACGGGGAAUCACUGUGGACCGCAGCGGAUUUAUAGCAUCGUACGAGCCCGGAGGAGCGACGCGGAGGCGGCACGAGCGGACCGGGUGCCGACACGGGUCGGGAUACAUUACCUUUAAGUGAGGCUGUUAUCGUUUUUUUUGUUUUUGGAAGCCUUACACAGACAACACGGAGAGAAAAGUAGUACCACAGCCUCCGCGACAGCAGCGGGCGAACUUGUCAUCUCUGUCCUGUGGGAGGUGUCUGUCUGUCGGCUUGGGGCUCUCUGCACGCACCGCUCGUCUCGUCACUGAUUGGACCUUUUUAAUUUGAGGGAUAUUUGUUGUGUUUUGUACAAAUCGCUCUUAUUUAGUGUUUUCCCUCAACCAACUGUGGCUUUAAUGUGACGCACCACACUGACACUUGUGCUGUGUGUAGAGCAGACCCUCUGCAGAGGAGUAAAAGGCUCCCUAAUCAAGUUUUUCCCCCCUUCACAUUUCUGCGGCAACAGCACAGACCACACCGAUGUCAUAGGGACAAGGACAGAAGCAGACCAAGCUGGGCCAGGCUAGGCCAGGCCUAGGCCUACCUAGCCAUCAAUCUGGCCUUACAGUAGAGGCCAGCAACCUCUCUUGGAAGUCUUUUGUUCAGGCAGCUGAGGAGGCUUCAGCCUGGUCUUACAGAGACAUCCCCAGACCUAAAAAUCCAACUUUGGAGUCCAGGCAUCUUCUGUCAUCUUUUAAGAGGCCAUACUGGUCGAAUAGAUCUCCAGUCAUUCCAUGUUGCGGUCAUCCCAGUCUGGUUGUUGGCAGCAGGAUGGAGUUACGUGUUGAUUUGACGGUUAUCGUCUCACUGCAGUGCUUGCACCCCUCCUCUGUUGACUGCCUUUCAUCCCUUCCCUCCCCAGUUUUUAAGAGAAAGCCCCUUCCACUCACCUGGGGCUUCCCUGAGCCCUCCACGAAAGGGCCUUGUAGAAACUGUGGGUUGUUAAUUUAAAACAUUGCAAAGAGGAAAACAAAAAAAAAUCCAAAAGACAUCAAGGAUUGCUGCAUUCAGUCGAUUUUGUUUUUUGUUCUAUUGCACAUUAACUUUCCUUUUCUUGCAGUUUGAUUAAUGAACUAGGAGGUUGAGAUCUGCGCUCAGAGUUUACAGGAAUAAGUUACAUAAAAGUCUUUACAUAAAGAUUUGCUCUUUUACAGUUUGAGCUUUUUUUUUUUUGAAAGAAUGUCUGAAGAAAAUAGCAGCAGCAAAGCAGUGAAAUUCAUUGCUCCUCUUGCCCCCGUUUCUUCUCCGUCCCCCUGCCCAUCACCCCAGACCCCCCACAAGAAUGUGAACGGCUCUGCCAGUUCAGACACGCAUGUCGUGGAGAAGCUUCUUGGAGAGCCGGAGGUCCAACGUCGGCGCCACACAAUGGAUAGAGACUCUAAAACGGCCGAGCACCGUUUCUUCCGCCGGAGUGUCAUUUGUGACUCGAAUGCCACAGCUUUGGAUCUGCCCAGCAAAGCAGCUGUGUUACUCACAUCACCCCCAGACUGUGAAGGGACUCCCAUCAUCUUCUCUCCGCAGCUUUUAAACCUUGGAGGACAGGAUUAUGAAGGUGAGGAGUCCCAAAGAGGUUCCUAUCUGCAGAGCAGUACCCUUCAGCCUUCAUUUGGGCAUGGUGGGGCAGUCGAAGAGGGGGAUCUACAAAAUGCCGAGGGAGAUUUGGAUGUGUGCACGAUUGCUGUUCCUACCAGUAGCAGUGUUGAACAUAGUGCAGAUGGGGCAGUAACAGAGCCCAGCUCGACAGUAUUGGAUGUUACCAAUAAAACAGUAGCCAAACAGCCUGACAUCGUAUUGCGUCCCAGAGGGCUUCAGGAACAGGUGGCCAAAGAUGGAAAAGCAGUAGGAAAUGUGUAUGAGGGAAGCAUCAGUAGUCCAACCGAGGAGAAAGACAGGGAGACGGAGGAGGAGAAGGGGCUCGCGAAAGCACGGGCAGAGCAGAGGGAACGGGAGCAAGAGGACAUAGAGGAGGCUGAAACAAAAGCUGUAGGGACUUCACCAGAUGGACGCUUCCUGAAGUUUGACAUUGAGAUCGGGAGAGGGUCUUUUAAGACUGUCUACAAGGGUUUGGACACUGAGACAACAGUGGAAGUGGCAUGGUGUGAGCUACAGGAUCGUAAACUGUCCAAGUCCGAGCGUCAGCGGUUCAAAGAGGAGGCCGGCAUGCUGAAGGGUCUCCAGCAUCCUAACAUUGUCCGCUUCUAUGACUCCUGGGAGGGUCCCUGCAAAGGAAAGAAAUGCAUUGUUCUCGUCACUGAGCUCAUGACAUCUGGCACGCUAAAAACCUACCUGAAGCGAUUCAAGGUGAUGAAAAUCAAAGUUCUGCGUUCAUGGUGCAGACAGAUCCUGAAAGGCCUUCACUUCCUGCACACCAGAGCGCCACCCAUCAUUCACAGAGACCUGAAAUGCGACAACAUCUUUAUCACAGGGCCCACGGGCUCGGUGAAGAUAGGGGACCUGGGGUUGGCCACGCUGAAGAGAGCCUCUUUUGCCAAGAGCGUCAUAGGUACACCAGAGUUUAUGGCUCCAGAGAUGUAUGAGGAAAAGUAUGAUGAAUCUGUAGACGUCUAUGCUUUUGGGAUGUGUAUGCUGGAGAUGGCUACCUCAGAGUACCCCUACUCCGAAUGCCAAAACGCUGCCCAGAUCUACAGACGAGUUACUAGUGGAGUGAAGCCUGCCAGCUUUGACAAGGUAGCCAUUCCCGAGGUGAAAGAAAUUAUCGACUGCUGCAUCAGAACUAACAAGGAUGAGAGGUAUGCCAUAAAGAUCCUGUUGAACCAUGCCUUCUUCCAGGAGGAAACAGGGGUCAGGGUUGAACUGGCAGAAGAGGACGAUGGAGAAAUGAUCGCUAUUAAACUGUGGCUCAGGAUAGAAGACGUGAAGAAGCUCAAAGGAAAAUACAAAGACAACGAAGCCAUCGAGUUCUCCUUUGACCUGAACAAGGACGUCCCCGAAGAUGUGGCCCAGGAAAUGGUUGAGUCUGGCUAUGUUGCUGAGGCUGACCAUAAGACCAUGGCCAAGGCCAUCAAGGACCGCGUGUCUCUGAUCCGGAGGAAGCGAGAGCAGAGGCAGCUGGUACGAGAGGAACAGGAGAAGAGGAAGCUGGAGGCAGAACACCAGCAGCAGCAGCAGCAACAGCAACAACACGAUACACACAAAGCUUCACACACACAGGCAGAGACCGAGGAGACCGAAGUGGAGCAGCACCAGCUUCUCUAUCAGCAGGCGAGCAUCUCACACACAUCUGAAGGAGGCGUGGACAGUGGCCAGGGUUCCUCUGUUUUCUCCUCAGACUCCCCCCACCUGGGUCAGCUGACCAUGUCGUACAGCUGCCCCCCUUCUAGCCAGCCUCCUUCCCAGCCCCAGACCCCCUAUCCCCCCACCCCCUCCGCUACCCCACAGCAGCACCCGGGCUACGCCCAGCCGCUGCAGCCAAUGCAGCAUUCAAUGCCACACCCUUUCAGCGGAGGACCAAGCACAGGAGGAGGAGCAGGAGGGAACGUCCCUCUUCCAGCUCUCCCAGACCCCCCGACUAUUUUCUUCCCCUCUAUCCCUGAGCGUCCGAUUUCCUUCUCACCUCCUCCUACUGGGCCUCCAAAGGCCUACAACACUCAGAGACGCAAGAGCACUUCCAUUCUCGAGGCGCAUACCCGACACUUUCAGCCUGCUUACCCUCGUUACGGGAGCAGCCUCCACCCUUUUUCUGGCAUGGAGGGCGUUGAGGCUCCUUCUCUCUUCAUGGUUAAUCCUGGUUUUGCAGCAGCUGCUCAAAGACUUGGUGUUGGGGAACCCCUCCAUCUCCCAGGACAAUCUGAUCCAAGUUUUUAUGGGUUCAAAGACAUGAGAGCAGAGCACGAGGAAGCAGUGAGGAGACUCAAUCUAAAUCAAGCAGCCUUAUUGGACCAUUAUGAAGCAAUGGCAUAUGGAGGCUACCCAAUGACUGCACACCAGCUUUUCCAUCAGCAGAGGCAGGCAGCAGCUGCAGCUGCUGGUUUGGGUUUUGAUCCUGGUCCUCCAUCUCAAGCAGGGUUCUUACAUCCUCAUAUCCUGCAAAGAAUGAGUGCACACAGUCCAAUACCGCCACCCUUACCCCCCAUGAGUGCAUCCACGGUUGGCUCUAUGUCUUCUUCAUCAUCCGAGGGAUGCUAUGCUCCACAGCAUGCUUCCUCAUCCUCCUUUCCUAUUUCUGCACCUCCAGUAAUGGCCGACGCCCCGCCACCUACCGGAAGUGUUUUUGAGUUUCAUUUAGCUGCAGCCGCUGCAGCUGCAGCCGCUGCUGGAGAUCCAAGCCUCCUGGCAUCCAGACUUUACCGGGCCAGACGGAGUUCUAUGGAUCUCCCUCUAGAGGACAGCCCUGGGACGGGAUCCAGUGGCUCCGGCACAUAUAGUCGUCUGCAGCCAGUGACAGAAGAGCUGUACUCUUACGUGAGUCCGGAGCUCCCUUUACCUCCGGGAAGUCUCCUCCUUCACCACGCAGGUUUGACUGUAAAAGACAGAAGUCCCGAUCCUUCUAGCGACUCUCUGACCUCCUCUGAUGCAGGAGAGUUCCAGUCACCACCUCCGCCACCUCUUCCUCCUUCCUUCGAGUCCUCAGCUGCUCAGUCCAUCCCUCGCUCGUCCUCCACUGCGCCUUACGAUUCACCAGGGGGAGUUCUUCACGCAGAUCCCCAGGGGCAUCCGCCUUCAGUGCAGAACUUUCUGCCCACCACACCAUCGUCCGAGCUCCCGCUUGGGGGGUCGUCAUCAAAUCAGCUGGAGUCUCUGAUCCAGAGCUCCUGGGCCCGGCACGGGGGAAUGGUGCCAGCUCAACCGGAUAUGACAUACCACGAGUCACUGCUGGCCAUGCAGGCCGCUAACCCCCCUCUGCAGACUCAGGUGUCCUCCCCUCAGCCAACUUCAGGACCUGCUUUGGUCCCUGCCAGCACACAGCCACCACUUUCUGGGACUGCCCAACAGGUUGCCUCAUCUAGCCAGAGUAGCACAUCACUUCAAAGCCCCACACACACACCUCUGCCACAGUCACCUGCACAGCCUGGUGUAACUCCACCUACCUCUACCGUUCCUUUGGUGACCCUUCCUUCUCCGUUGCUGUCUAUUGCCGUCACAAUGCCGAGCGCGGCCGUGGCUCCCCCUCCCUCUCCUCUGCCAGUCCCUGUUGGGGUGGUGCCUACUAUUGUUUCCCCUUCUCCUCCUACUCCCGCACCCACAUCUGUGCCUCAGGCUUUGGCCACGGUGGUGCCAAUCAUCAGUGUAGUCAGCGCCCCGCCUGAUACCCCCAUGGAAGCCCCCCCUCAGCCUGCCUCACAAUCUUCAGAGUUACCUCAGUCCCAGCUACAGCCGCCUCAAGUUCUCUCAUUCAUAGAGAGUGGCCAUUCUGAGACUUCAGGUUUGAGCGACGGCAACGAGGGAGGAGGAGGAGGUCGUCAUGAAGGGCGCUCGGCCAAGCGACACCAGAGACGUUCUGUGCGAAGUCGAUCACACCAUGAGAAGACGACCAAGGCGAAACUCAAUGUUCUCAAUAUAUCCAACCUUGGAGACAGGGUAGCGGAGUGUCAGCUGGAGACCCACAACAGGAAGAUGGUGACCUUUAGGUUUGACUUGGAUGGAGACAACCCUGAGGAAAUUGCCCAGAUCAUGGUCGAGAGUGAGUUUAUCCUGGAGAGCGAGAGAGAGUCAUUUAUUGAACAGGUCAGAGAGGUGAUAGAGAACGCUGAUGAGAAGGGUCUGGAAAGAGAUGCCAACAGCCAGACAAAGAAAACAAUGGCAGGUGACACGCAACAGCAGAAUCCUGCAAUAUCUGCCCCCAUGCAAGGCAUCCCACCCAGUCCAUCUGCACAAGUGGUCCACUCGGCAGGUCGGAGAUUUAUCGUCAGCCUUGUACCCGAGGCGAGGCUGAAGGAACAAAUGCUUCCCACCUCUCCUUCUCUUGUGCCUCAUGUUGAGACGGUUUCUCCACCUCCAUCACAGACUCCAGGUCAAGGUUUGGGCUUGUCCCAUUCUACAGGAGCAGUCAGCUUACACCAAGCAUUCUCUGAACUCCGACAGAACCAAAAUCAGCUUGAUUCAGGGCCCAACACUGCCCCACCCUCCAUUCACUCCACCCAUCCUCCACUUCUGGAGCCUGCAGCAGCUUCUGUCCCUUCACAGAGUAGCACACUCACUCCCACUGUGGAUGCCGCUGCUGGGCAUGUCCCUUCUAAUUUAAACACAACACAGGAUGCCUCUCUUCCUCCUCUUUCUGUAUCCUCGACCCCUUCCGCCAUCCAUCUCAGUCCUCCCUGUUCCUCUUCUCCUCCCCCUACAACAGUGAAUCAAAGCAUCCUUCAAUCACAGGUACUUCCACAGCCAGUAACUCAGGCUGUCUCACAACCCCAGACACAGGUACAAGCACAGCCUCAGCCCCAGGCUUUCAGCCACCCUCAGUCCCAGACAGUUUCUUCUGUCAGUGCUGCUUCAGUACCUUCCACUUUACCAACAGUGGUUCCCCCUCAAAUGCUCACCUCCCCUCCUCUAGCCCACACUAUUCCUUUUGUGUCCUCCCCGCCCUCUUCAUCUCUUAUAGCCAGUGAAGUCUCCUCUGAUCAUUCAUCAGUCUUGCCAACUCCUUCCCUGACCUCCUCAGUCAUCCCCACCACUGCCAUCCUAGGUCCCCAGCUCGCGCCCUCUGUUGUCUCCCUCCCUGCUCCUACUCCCUCAUCGUCCGCUGGAGGAGUUCUGCCGGUGACCACAAAUGUCCCCACAGUCCAACCAACUUUGGUGCACUCUCAGCCUCAGACAGCAGCCCUGCCUGGGCAGACGCACGCCCACAGUGACUGCGAGCCCAGAUGUGAGCACUCCUCUGAGUCGCAGUGCAAACCAGACGACAUCCAAGCUCUGGAAAUGAAGCUGCGCUCUCUCUUCAUGGACCUCGGAGGCGGGGUGCCUUCCACCCAGGGAGACAUCGUAGCUGCUGAUCUGGCUGCUGUGGCAGGUACCUCGUCACCAGUAGGACCUUGCUCCACCUCCACCACGUCUGUUGCAGUAUCUGGCUCCAGCCAGUCAGCCAUUCCUCCUCAACCCCCUUCCAGCCUGGCGCUGGGAUCACUGGGAUCCCCUGCUCCAAUCCAGGGCCCUGGGACGCCUGUCUUCACCCCUGCACAGUCUAUCAUCCCUGUCUCAUUAGGCCAGACCACUCCAUCCAAAACGCCCUUAUCCAGAGUACCGGCCAGUUCUCCUCCUUCAGAACUCCCGCCACCCUUCCCUGGACCUUGUGUAAUACAGUCUCAGCAGCCUCUGGAGGACUUGGAUGCCCAGUUAAGGAGAGCGUUGAGUCCAGAGACUGUUUCUGUGGGCGGUCAGGCCUCCCACAUUAGUGUGGCUUCAGUUGGACAACCAGUUCCUUUUCCAGUGGAGGAAGAAACUUUGUCCUCUCCUGUUCAUCCCCCUCAAACUCAAUUAGGACGAUUUAAGGUCUCACGGGCUAUCGAAGAGCCCGCUGUCCAGCGACCGGCCUGCACCGAGUCUUCCUCCACCACCUCCUCCACUUCAUCUUCUUCAUCAUCCUCUACUCUCUCGAGCCCAGAGAACACAUUGCACAAAAACUCCUCGUUGCCUCUGAAAGCGGAAGGAGCAGGAAAAACAGGAGACGUGGUGGACGGGCCCCCUCACAAGACUCCCGUUGGAUCCCACCACCCCUCCCCUCUAACAUCCCCUUGCCCCUCCCCCAAACCGCCCACCACCACCAUAGGACGCUUUCAGGUUACUCCUAAACCCGAGGCCCGCGUUGGUAGAUUCUCAGUCAGUCGUGCUGAGGAGCAGAGUCCUCCACCUGCUGCCAAAGCUGCUAAUGGACCCAGCGAUCCUGGCCAAGUUUUGACCCCAGAUUCUACCCAUAAAGCCUCUCUGCCGAGUCUAAACAACUCCUUCAAUAACUCCUACAUCAGCAGUGACAAUGACUCGGAAUUUGAGGAUGAGGACUUCAAACGGGAAGUCACUCGCCUCAGAGAGAAGCACAUGCGUGAGAUUCAGGAACUUCAAUCCCGCCAGAAGGAGGAAAUAGACCGUCUGUUCACCAGGCUGGGAAAGGUUCCUCCGCCUUCAGCGAUCCCUCCUGUUUUGACCUUGACUGGCAGGAGGAGACGGCCCACCAAAAGCAAGUCAUCGAAAUCGUCCAGAACCAGCAGCAAGAGUCCAUUACAGCCAGGCAGCACUUUAUCCGCCCAGAGCGUCCCGACUAUGUACCCCGGCCAGCUGGCUCUGCUAGCCCCAGGAGGAUUAGCCGAUUCGAACAGCAGCACUCUGCUCCAGCCCCUCAAACCCUCUCCCUCCAGUGACAACCUGUGUUCAGCCUACACCAGCGAGGCGGCGCUCUCUGUGCCCAGCCUGUGUGCUCCCACCCCAGGCUGUGUAAAGUUCAGCUGGGGUUCGGAGCGUUUGGCCUUCAAGCCUGGCGGCAGGAGGACGCGCUUUCUGAGUACGCCCUGCUUGGCUCUUUGGAAGAUGGUGAAAAAAGUCUGCCCCUGCAACCAGCUCUGUAGGACUAAUAGCACCAAUGCAGUGAGCGGUUCAGGUGGUUUGGGUCAAAGCCAAGGGGGUUCUCAGUGUCUGGCCCCCAACAUGCCAGCCCCACACCAGAGGAAAGGAACCUUCACCGAUGACCUUCAUAAACUGGUGGACAACUGGGCCAGAGAUGCCAUGAACCUCUCACAGGGUAAGAGGAGUGCCAAACAGCUGCAGCAGGCUCCGGUGCAGGGACACAGCUAUGAGGUUAUCCAGUCAGCCAGUCUGGGCAGGAAGUACUCCGCUCCCAGCCAGCUGUGUCCCAGCAGCAUAGGUGGUUCAGCCCACAUCCCAACAAACUCCAGCACCGCUACCUCUCUGGCUGCCCGAAAGGGCUCUUUAUGCCACCCUCCUGCCUCCUCCACUCCACCCCAACCCCAGCUUCCCCAGUUCAUCCACUACACCCCAACUGCUGCCUAUAGUGCACAAUGGUCUGGUCCGGCUCACAGCCUGUCCACCCCACACCAAGCACCAACACAGCCUCUGCUGGUCAGUACCUCCCAACCCCUGGGCCCCUACCCCACGCCACAGGGACAGAUUCCAGGCCAGGGGCCACUCCAAGCUUUCCAUGUGACCAAUACCCUGCAGAAAUCAGUCAGUAACCCGGGAGGACCCAACUUGAGGACCACGUAGGGCUCAGAGUCGGGGCCGGUUUAAAUCACGGCCUGAGAGGACUGGUGUGAAGUGGAGUGUUCAUCGCUGGAUUGACUAGAAAGUGUGAUUGAUUUUAUUUCUUUUGUUGGGAGAGGGGGGGUUGAGACGGGGGUAGGCAUGCGUGUGCAUGAGAAGCCACUUCAGGCUGCACUUCAGAGAAAAGCAGUGCAGCCUUUCUGCUGUGGGCUUGUAGCAAAAGAAAAAGACUCAGAGUACAAUGAUAAAAGGCCAAAGAGGUUCUGACAGGGUGUGUGGGCUUGCUGUCAAUAACUGUCUGCAUUUUUGCUCUAAUGGCUGGUUUACACUUGUUGGAUUUCACGCUCUGACAUGAGUUAACAUAUCUUUACAUAAUAUGGGUUAGUGAGCCGUGCUUACUAGACAGAGGACAUUGCAUCAGGCUCAGGAGGAGGAAGAAUGUGGUAGCCAGCUUUUACAAAAUCCAACUUGAGCCUUUGUGUCCGUGCAGUACCUUCUCAUCAAUUCCUGCUGGUACUGAUUUUAAGGCCUCUGCUAUCCAUGUUUAUCAGUCUCUGCUAGAAAUCCCAACAAAAAAACUUGCAAAUAUGCAUUUCUUCCAUUGGGGGUGAGCAUUGCUAGUCCUCACAUUAACCGAUAUUGUUGUUUAGUGUUAGGAAUCAAAAUCAUCAGUGUUUCUGGCAGCAGUUAGCAUCCUUAAAUCAAAGGAUUACAGGAGGAGAUGCAAAUGGCAGCAGAUAGAAGGGUGAGGUGAGAGCAGAAGACGAGUCCGCAUAACUCUAAUCGAAUGUUUCAGGAAGUCGUUUGGAAGUUGGAGAGCCUUCCUAACCUUUAAAAGCACAAAGCGAGUCAAGAUUAAAUCAAAUACAUAUCGAGACUAGAUGUAGCCCAGCAUCUCCGCCGUCUUCUUCUCCCCCUCCCCACCGCUCAGUGUGGCAAAGUAUUCAAGCAGGUAGAGAGAGAUGGAAGUGGGAAAGCCCUCCAUCAGCUUCCUGUUUCAGCUCACUUCAUGUCGAUGGGGGUCCCAAACGGGCAGAACAGAUGCUUCACGACUUCUUUCGUCCCUCUCUCUUCACCUCCCUGUUGCAAUUUGAAGCAAUAACAGCAGAAACCUUUUAGAAGAGGACAAAAAAAGCCCGAACACAAGAGAACUCGGUGUGUAAAAGUGACCUUGUUAUCAAGAUAAUAUCCAUGUAUAGUUCGUGUCUGUUUUUUCGAAUGUCUGCUAUGAUGAUUCCAUUUUUUUGUGUGUGUCGUCGGGUUGGUUCCCUUGUUGCCCCCUGCCCCACCCACAUACCGCCACCCCAGCUAGCAAUCUGACGCAUACACAUUCACACACCCAUGCAACUCUUAUGACAUUCAUAUAAAUACACAAAGCCGCAUACAGUCAUUCACAGACUCAUGUAAAUACACUCACGCAUAGUUGGAGGUGUAGCAGCUGUCAGACUCAUGGGCCGUGCCUCAGUUCUUAGUGUCAUAAUUAGGUCGUUUUCAAUAUCUGGGUUGAAAUGCAAUGUACAUUAUUGUCAUAAUUAUUGUUGUUAAUGAUUGUUCUAUUUAAAAAGAAACAAAAAACAAAACCGUGUUCUGUCAAUGGACCUGUUAUAUGUGCACAUCGCUGUAUGAUGUGGAGACACUGUGAUUAUUGUUGUUUGUUAUUAGCAAAUGUUGUUGGACAACAUUAGUUUUAGGGUGAAUUUAAAAACAAAAAAAAAAGCAUAUUUAGAAUAGUUUUUCGGGGUCCUUUCGCUUUCAAUUCACAGCUUUCCACAAAUGAAUUUUUGGAGAUCGGUAACCCCUCUCUCUCUUUCUCUUUUUUUCCAAUAAGCGUCCUUCUGUCAGUUUACUGAGGACACACUUCCAAACCAAUGCCUUACCAACAACUAAUCAAUCCAUUUUUUCAGGUCAUCUCUAUAAACUGGGUGAAUUGAAAGCCGAAACGGACCUGAGUAUAAAGACAAACCGGCGUGAACGCCAGGAUAGUCGAUAUUUAGAUAAUAAAGUAAAGCUAGCUAUUUUUUUCUUAAUACAGUACUUGUCUAUCAGACACUUUAAAUAGCCCUCCUCUUCCCUUUCUCCCCUGGUUUUGUUAGAUGAAUGUGAAUGUAUAAAAACCAAUGGUGUCCAUUUUUAAUGUACUUG